GGGGAUCUACACUUCUCUUGGUCAUGCGAAGUGUCAAUUAUAAAUCGUUUUUCAUAGAGGUGGGUGGUAGAAAAAGUACCAUUCACAGAAAAAAAUCAUGGGAGCCACCAAUUUGACUCUGAUAAGUGUUCUGUAGUACAACGCUAAAGGACAAAAGCAGCAGGUUUUGUGCAUGCUAUAAUACAUGUGCAUACACAAACACACACAGACACAGAGAACACAUACAAUACACUCACAGGACACACACCCACAGAAUGCACUCGCGCACAGUCAACACACACACAUAGACACAAGAAGUGCUGCUAAGCAAUCAGAUUAAGUGUUCUGCUGGUGUGAUGGAUUGACUCUGCCAAGUAAUAAGACAAAUCGUUAAGGAAAAUUAAAAGGAAAGAGUAAGAUUGUGAUGAAGAAGGCUACAACCAUAGUUUUGUGGCUAGCAAUCACUCUCAGUGAGCCUGGAAGUUCUGCUGGUGUGAUGGAUUGACUCUGCCAGAAGACACAGCAUUCACGGUCAGUCCUGCAAAGAAGCACCUCAAAGGGAGGAGACACACAACAUCGUCUCCUGCCUCCAUUCCUUCGCUCUCCCACAGAGCCACUAUUCUGGACCCAUAAUGGCUGUGUAUGAGGCCCUGGCUCAGGGUCUGACCACUCUUCUGCUGCACUGGCUGGGGGUGUUCCUUUUUCUUUCUCCAUGGCCCCAGAUAGGACACUGCCAACAACACAGCCCCCCAGAAGUGGUGAUACCCCUCAGGGUAACUGACAGUGAUAAAGGCAUGAAUAGUUCAGGCUGGGUCUGCUAUAGCCUGCACUUUGGGGGCCAGAGGCACAUUGUCCACAUGAAGCCCAGGAAGGUCUUAGUGUCCAGAUCCCUCUCCGUGUUCACGUACACAGAUCAGGGUGCUCUCGUAGAGGACCAGCCCUUUGUCCGGGAUGACUGCUACUAUCAGGGUUUUGUGGAGGGAGACCCAGAUUCCCUCGUUGCCCUUAGCCCCUGUCUUGGGGGCUUUCAAGGAGUGUUACAUAUAAAUGACAUCGCCUACGAAAUCAAACCCAAAAGGCAUUCUGUCACAUUUGAACAUCUGGUGUACAAGAUGGACCGUGAAGAGUCAGAGUUCCCACCCACGCGAUGUGCAUUAACUGAUGACAUAGUACAGGAAUUCACUUUUCCAGAGAGUGAUAAUUAUACUCUGAUGCAGAGUGACUAUUUAGGCUGGUGGACCCACAAGCGGCAUCUUGAGUUGGCAGUGGUGGUAGACCAAGAACGAUUCUUUCAUCGGGAAAGUAAUGUGUCAAAGGUGCAAGAGGAAGUAAUCACUGUGCUCAAUGUAAUAAGUACCUUUUAUACUGCAUUGGACAUCAACGUGCUUUUAUGUGGAAUUGAGAUCUGGAAUGAAGGAAAUGCUGUGAAUAACAAUGAUAUAAGUGUUCUUCUACGGGAAUUUUGCCGUUGGAAGACACACAGCUUGAAUCCACGCAAAAAGCAUGAUCUUGCACAUCUCCUUAUAAAAUGUCAAUUUGGUGUUUCUCUUGGGCUAGCUUAUAUUGGUACAGUAUGUAAAAAGGAGAUUAAUUGUGGAGUUAAUAGUUUCAUGGAUGACAAAUACUCUGCGUUUGCAGUAACGUUGGCACAUGAGAUGGGUCAUAACCUAGGUAUGUUCCACGAUGAUGAUACAUGCAAAUGUGGACACAGGACAUGUAUAAUGUUUCCCUCAACAACAUCCUCAAGAACAUUCAGCAAUUGCAGUUAUUCUUACUUUUCAACUGUAGAUUUUAAGACUACUUGUAUGCACGAACCACCCAGUCCAGACAGUAUCUUCUCACUGAAGCACUGUGGAAAUGGUGUCGUCGAAGAAGGGGAGCAAUGUGACUGUGGGACCAUAAGUUUGUGUGAAAAUGAUCCAUGCUGCUUGUCAAACUGCUCUCUGAAACCUGGGGCCACCUGUGCUUUUGGCCUUUGUUGCAAAGACUGCCAGUUAGUGCCAUCAGGUGAAGUGUGCAGAGAAAGUGGCAAUGAAUGUGACCUUCCAGAGUGGUGCAACGGGACUUCACACGAGUGUCCAGUGGAUGUGUAUGUGCAGGCUGGAGUGCGCUGCAUGGGUGUGGGAUACUGCCAUGGAAAGAGAUGCAAUGUCCGUGAUGAGCAAUGCAAGCAAAUUUUUGGCGAAGUAUCUAAGAGCGCAAAUCAGAGUUGCUACAGUCAUGUGAACACGCAGGGAGACCGAUUUGGUAACUGUGGCAUCAAGGGUGCUAGAUAUGUAAAAUGUAGUAUCGCAGAUGUCCUGUGUGGCAGAAUCCAGUGUGAGAACGUGACAAAAAUUCCACUUAUGGAAGACCAUUCUACCGUGCUUUGGACUCACUUCAAUGGUGUCAACUGCUGGAGUACCGACUACCACUUAGGGAUGACCAUACCUGAUGUUGGAAUGGUCAACGAGGGCACUGAGUGUGGCCCAGAACACAUAUGCCUGGAUGGGCAUUGCAUUCCUUUAUCAGUUUUGAAAGAUCUUUGUGAGCCUAAGAUCUGUAAUGAUCGAGGGAUCUGUAAUGAUAAACAUCACUGUCAUUGCGACCCUGGAUGGGACCCUCCCUACUGCCUGGAAAAAGGCUGGGGAGGCAGUGUGGAUAGCGGGCCACCCCCUCGGGACAAUGAGGAGAAACUGGGCCAUCACCCUGAAACACAGAUGAGGCAAUACAGUGGAACUCGUGGCAAUGUCUGA